CUCUAGGAUGACCCAGAAGGAGAAUGCCUAUCCAUGGCCCUACGGCCGGCAGACGCACAUUCCAACUAGGUCACUGGCACAAAGGCACCCUCAGAGCUGUCUGCUGCUCCUUAUCAGGCUCACUCUGGCCUAAACACCCUGCCCCAGAGAGUCCUCCAGAAGGAACUUGCCACGCCAUCUGCACUUGUCCUCAUGAGCCGCUCCAAUGCCCAGCCCACAGCUACUCCAGGCCAGAAGCUGGUGGAGAACAAUAGUGGGACAACCAACUUGUUAAUGCGGUUCUUCACACUUGACGACUUUGAGAUUGGGCGUCCUCUGGGCAAAGGCAAGUUUGGAAAUGUGUACUUGGCUCGGGAGAAGAAAACCCAUUUCAUCGUGGCACUCAAGGUCCUCUUCAAAUCUCAGAUAGAGAAGGAAGGUGUGGAGCACCAGCUGCGCAGGGAGAUUGAAAUCCAGGCCCAUCUGCAGCAUCCCAACAUCUUGCGUCUCUACAACUAUUUCUAUGACCGGCGGAGGAUCUACCUGAUUCUGGAGUAUGCCCCCCGAGGGGAGCUCUACAAGGAGCUGCAGAAGAGCCGCACUUUUGAUGAACAGCGAACAGCCACGAUCAUGGAGGAGUUGGCAGAUGCUCUGAUUUACUGCCAUGGGAAGAAGGUGAUUCACAGAGACAUAAAGCCAGAGAAUCUGCUCUUGGGGCUCCAGGGAGAGCUGAAGAUUGCCGACUUUGGCUGGUCUGUGCACGCCCCCUCCCUGAGGAGGAAGACGAUGUGUGGCACCCUGGACUACCUUCCCCCAGAGAUGAUUGAGGGGCACACACACAAUGAGAAAGUGGAUCUGUGGUGCAUCGGGGUGCUCUGCUACGAGCUGCUGGUGGGAAACCCGCCCUUCGAGAGUGCUUCACACAAUGAGACAUAUCGGCGCAUUGUCAAGGUGGACCUGAAGUUCCCUUCUUCUGUGCCUACAGGAGCCCAGGACCUCAUCUCCAGGCUGCUCAAACAUAACCCCUCAGAACGCCUGCCCCUGGCCCAGGUCUCAGCCCACCCUUGGGUCCAGGCCCACUCUCGGAGGGUGCUGCCUCCCUCUGCCCUUCAGUCUGUCCCCUGAAUUCUCCCUGUCAUUUAUUCAGUUGCGUCUGUGUUUGUCUAGUUGGAAGGUGGGGUCCCUGGCCUGUUCUCUUAUCUGUCUUCUACCUCCUUUUUAUUUAAUAAAAGCUGAAGCAUUUUAUACUGAUGAGUGUAGAUAAUUUACAGGCAGACUUUGCUACGGAGGAAGCUGUCUUCUGUGGGAGAAGGCUGGGGAUUGUUAGUGCUGAGUACCGGAUGGGCACUACCUCACUGCUUCUGCUAGCCCCCGGUCAGCAUCCAGUCACCCCCAAACUCUUCCUUCCCCUGCUCUGACUCAGGGCCUGGGGGUGGUGGGGACCUCUGCUCCACUCUGCUGAGGACCCAACCAUCUCUGCCCACCUUCUGCUUCUCGCUCUCAAUUGUCUGAUCUCUAGUCAUUCCCUCUCCUAGUUCAGUCCCUGCCUACCUUGGAGCAACUGAUCAUGGCUGUACCCUAGAAGUUGUCUUUUUUGUUUGUUUUACUGCUCUGAUCAGGAGAUAGUAUGGGAGUGAACAAAAGCAGUACUGAUGGUGUCUUGUACCUGACUUAAGAUUUCACUAUUAAAUAUGAUGCUUCCUGUAGGUUUACCCCAUUUACAGAUAAGUAAACAGACUCAGAGGGGUGACAUUAUCUGCUAAAAGUCAAACAAUUAGUAAGUGGGAGAGCCCAAUUUCAAACUCAAAGUGCACAUUCUAGGUAUAACGAUGCCUUUCCAUAGCACACAGACUGAUAUGUGUAUAUAUAUCACAGAAUUGGAACACGAAUUCGUUUUUUCUUUUGCUGUGUAUAGUCAAACAAAAAGUCCUUUAUCAAGUUAAGGAAGGCCUAUUCCUGCCUUGCUAAGGUUUUGUAUCAUGAAUAGGUGUUAUCAAAUGCGCUUUCUGUAUCAUUUAUUUGUUCUUUUAAUCAGAUGUGAAGUACAUCAAUAAAUUUUAUUACUUUUA